AUGCAGUGUUAUGAUACUCAACACUGCGAAUCUACUGGGGCUUGUAUACGUUACUAAGUAGGUCUGUACUAAGGCUGGUCUAUGUCCACCUAUAACCAAACGCUGGAGCAUAUCAAUCACUGGUCUGGUCAAAUCUCCAUGGUAACAGGAAUUUCGACCAUUAUCUUGUAAAACGGAAAUUUUGGAACAUAAGAUAAGAAUAAUCUCUACAGGCUGUGAGUCAUUCGUUACGUCAUUUUGACACCGAACUGUAAGAUAAAUUAGGAAGGGACUCGGUUGCUGUAUAGUCCAAGUGACUGUUGCAACUCAACUGUUGUUACGACGUGCAGAUAUGGACUAAAGUAGCACUGAGUACAAGGCCUGUAGCAGACUUGAAAGAUGAGUCGUCCAAAACGCCAGCCCGUACCGUUCGCGAAAUCCUUUGAGAAGGCAGGAAAGAAAUAUGGAUUUAAUAGAGAAAAAGUGAGAGAACUACACGAUACAUUUUGUGUAUUCGACAAAAAUGGUGAUGGCCUUAUCACGACAGAUGAGUUGGGAACGGUCUUGUUUAAACUGGGACAAAGACCAUCUUCGAAAGUCCUGAAUGGACUGAUGCGAUCAGUUGAUGUCGACAGAAGCGGAAGCAUAGAUUUUGAGGAAUUCUUGGAGAUUUUUACUCGAAAGCUAUCUAUUGAUCCAGAAAAGGAAUUACAUGAGGUGUUCGAAGUGUUCGAUAAUGACAAAGAUGGGGGCAUAUGUCCGGAUGAACUUUAUAUAGUACUACAGAAGUUAGGAGAGAAUAUUACAAGGGAUGAAGCAGAAGCUAUGAUCAAGGAAGCAGACAUUGACAUGGAUGGCAAGGUGGAUUACAGAGAAUUUAAAGCAAUACUCAACGUGAGAUAGCUACCACCUGACAGUGAAACAGACUCCCUUUACGCCAUUUCCCUGUCUGGCAGGCAGUGUGAAAUCCAUUAUAUAUAUAUUCCGGACAAAAGAUUUUUACCGUAUAAAUUAGUAGGAUCAGGAUAUUCUGGAUAUAAGGAUUUAUACUGCAUAAUCUAUUGUGAUCAGGAUAAACUGGGCAAACAAAUCGCGCUUUUAUACAAUUUUUGUAUGGUAUGUUCUUGCGAUUUAGCGACGAAAUGAUAGUCUUAGUAUGUGUUUUGCAAGGUACUGUCUCGUUUUAUAUAUCUUAGUUAAUAAUGCUUAUAUUUCACUUCCAUAUUACCAAUGGUAUCAUUUCUUCGUUUUUCUGUUAAUAUAUGCUAUAUAUAUACACAUUUGUACUUCUAUAUAACUUGAUGUUGUUAAGCUUUACCAAAUAACAUGUUUAUAUUAUAUACAUUUUGAUUUGAAAACGUAUGAAGAGUGCAUGAAUUCAUUAAUCAUCUCUCAUCGGUAUACCCUUCAUAGCUUUUAGGAGACAAUUUGCCCUCUGAUAACAAUGU